AUGAUGGGUGAGGUCGCCUCGUUGCGCUCGUCCGCAUCCCAUACCUCCUUCUUCGACUCGUCUGCCUCCUUUGACCGCCGCACCCGCAAGAAGAGCUCCUCUCACUCCGACCUCGCCACUUCCAACAGCAGCUUCUCACUGCAUGUCGAUUCCGAUUCGGACGAUUCAGAAGACGACGGCUUGCUUUUCCCCGAAUACUCCAAGGGCACACAGAGCCGCAAGGACAUCGACAAUGUGCCGCCCUCGAGCCCAGUAGGCGCUAACAUAACCCCGAGUUCGCCAGUCGAGACAGCAGACUCCAAUUCGCCCGUGGGCGCGUUACCCGAUCCUCCGCUACACUUUGAGGAUGACACGGCCGUGAAGGUUGAACCUUCCCAUCAUGUCGACUACCUCACAUACGAGUGGCGAGAGGAGAAGGAUCUUUGGUCGUCGUGGCGCCAUAUUGUAGAGCACAGGAAGGUCUAUGGUGAGCGGUCCAGGCUGGAAAAUGCCUCGUGGCGGACAUGGGCAAAGAACCAGUUCAAACUGAAGACCGUGUCGCCAGAGACACUGGAUUGGGCCAAGGAAUUGGACGUAGCAUGGCUCUACGGGCCCCUACAACCGGCUUCGAAUCGAUCCGUCUCGCUCAAUCCCUCGGAACCCACCAGUCGGAUAUCCAAGACCAACUCCUUCGUACAGAAGAAGCCCAUUCUCAAGAAGAGGAGCAUGUCCGAGGUGAUGCUACAGAACUCCAUCUCCGCAUCGUCGCUGGUCAAGCAGGCGGCUGCCGCAGUUCAGGCCCAACAGAGAGCUGGUGGCACCCCUUUGGAGCCACGACGCCCUCGGCCCAUCCUUGCCCAAACCCCGUCGGAUUACUUCACGUCGGCCAUCCCUUCGCGCACCGCCAGCAGAGACCCUCCCGACUACUUCUCCUCUCGAUCUACAUCCGGAUUGCAUACCCCCGAGUGUGGCGAGCGCAAGCACAUCCGGUUCGACGAAAAAGUCGAACAGUGCAUUGCCGUCGAAUGCAAAGGGACCGACGACGACGAUUAUGAUGAAGACUGGGCAGCCAAUGACCACUCCUCUGAUGAAGACAUGGUCAUGAUGAAGACUGCUCGGAGAAGACGUCCGCGGCCUAGGAAACCUUCCAGGACCGCUUCCGCUGCCGAGACCAAGAUCAUUGAGAAGCUCCCGGCUACCACGCUCAAGUCCCAGACGGAUUCCCCCGAGGUCUCCGAACACCACCUGAGCCACUCGUUAUUUGGUGUCUACCGUUCGGCGCGGCUCUCUCCGUCUCCCUCGCAGGAGACACUCCGGCCGUCGAAUCCGUCUACGAACUUCCUGCUGCCGAAUGAGGAAGACGACGAGGAGGAGGAUUGGCGUUCAGCCCGCGCUUACGAGGUCAAGCGACCAGGUACACCCACACCCCACAAAAUGUACGCCAGCAGCCUGAUGAACGCCAGCAACCCCGACAGCUCGCAAGCCGAAUCGUCCUCCUCUGGGGGUCUGAAACGGACAGCAUCGGGCGUAAUGACGCCAUUCCAAGGCGGUCGCGACGACGACGUUGAGGGCGCAGUUCCUCCCGGCAUUCUCGGUAAAGUCGUAGACACGGUGAACACUGCUAGAGACAUUGCGCAUGUGAUCUGGAAUGUUAGUUGGCGGGGUUAG